GCUGGGUGGCGCGGGAGAGGGCGGCAGAAGGAGGGUGUUCGAAGAGAGUUACCGCCAGAGAGCGUGGCAGGAGCCCGCGGUCUCCUUGGAGACAUGCUGACCAAUGGCAGCAGCGGAAGCUGUUUAUAGGGGCGGAGCGUCGCCAUGGCAGCAGGAGAAGCCUUCUGAACGGCUACUUAUUGCUGGUCCCCGGGCCGCUGGCGUUCAGAGAGGCGCCGUCGAGCUGGGGGGCGACGAGGAUUGCUGGCAGUGCUCUCGAGGUGGAGACAGAGAGUCGCGGGGGGUGGGAGGGACGUCUUCCAGAACCUUUCUUUAUCCGGGCUUCGCUCUGAGCCAGGUAUCACAUUCGUAUUCGGAGGAGGCGACCCCCCGGGUCGCGGGAUGGAAGCGCGCGUCCAGGAGGCCUUGUAACUGGAGCCGCGGGAGUUAGCGGGCCGGAGAGCGCGGCGGGCCACCUUCGGCUCAGCUAGUGGAUGCUGACCGCCCCCUCGGAGAGUCCCCGCAGAUAUGGCGGAGAGCUGGCUACGCCUCUCGGGAGCUGGGGCGACGGAGGAGGCCGGGCCGGAGGGCGGCCUGGAGGAACCCGACACCCUGGAUGACAGCUUGACUAGCCUGCAGUGGCUACAGGAAUUCUCCAUUCCCAACCCGCACGUGAAGCCGCCCUACUCGUAUGCCACGCUCAUCUGCAUGGCCAUGCAAGCCAGCAAGGCCACCAAGAUCACCUUGUCGGCCAUCUACAAGUGGAUCACGGACAACUUCUGCUACUUCCGCCACGCUGAUCCCACCUGGCAGAAUUCCAUCCGCCACAACCUGUCCCUGAACAAGUGCUUCAUCAAAGUGCCUCGGGAGAAGGACGAGCCGGGCAAGGGGGGCUUCUGGCGCAUCGACCCCCAGUACGCUGAGCGGCUGCUGAGCGGGGCCUUCAAGAAGCGGCGGCUGCCCCCGGUCCACGUGAACACCGAGGCCCAGCAGCUGCUGCGGGAGUUCGAGGAGGCCACCGGGGAGGCGGGCUGGGGCGCGGGCGAGGGCAGGCUUGGGCAUAAGCGCAAACAGCCACUGCCCAAGCGGGUGGCCAAGGUCCCGCGGCCCUCUAGCACCCUGCUGCUGACCCAGGAGGAGCAGGGCGAGCUGGAACCCCUCAAGGGCAACUUUGACUGGGAGGCCAUCUUCGACGCCGGCACUCUGGGCGGGGAGCUGGGCGCGCUGGAGGCCCUGGAGCUGAGCCCGCCGCUGAGCCCCGCCUCGCACGGGGACGUGGACCUCACCGUCCACGGCCGCCACAUCGACUGCCCUGCUACCUGGGGGGCCUCCGUGGAGCAGGCUGCCGACAGCCUGGACUUCGACGAGACCUUCCUGGCCACGUCCUUCCUGCAACACCCCUGGGACGAGAGCAGCAGUGGCUGCCUGCCCCCGGAGCCCCUCUUUGAGGCCGGGGACGCCACCCUGGCCGCUGACCUGCACGACUGGGCCAGCGUGGGCGCCUUCUUGUAAGAAGCCCGCCCCCACCUCCGGCCAGUGCCCAAGUCAGGGCCCAGACUGCCCCCCAACACAGACCCGCAGACACCCUACAGCCCAGGCAGGGGCUGGGCGGGUCUCCCAAGGCUGGCCCCACGAGGCCAUAUGCCCCCCCCAACCAGGCGGUCCUCAUAUUCCAGCCCAGGAGGCUGAGAACUGGGGCCCAGGACCUGAAUUGCUGCCUCGCCUCCCAGCCCCUCAUACACACAGUGUUUCAUUGGCCCACUUAUUCCCUGUCCCAGGGACACGCUAAAUGCCCUGCACUGGGAGAGCUGCGGCCUGGGGGCGAUAGGGGGUGCCUGGCCAAGCGGGGAGCAACAGUACAGGACCGGCCCCAGAGCCUCUUAGCUUUGAUGCUUCUCGCUCUCCUGCUCUCCUCCCCAGGUCUCUAUCCAGAGAAAGUUCCCAGGUACAACAAAUGCUAAUUAGGUGACUGCAAAUUAACCCCCUGGAGGCCUCUCCCGGCAGAGCCUCCCUGGGGCUGGAGCCGGCAGUACGUAGGGUGGAGCCAGGGGGAAGGGGGCAGAGAGAGAAGGCAGAAAUGGGGUGGUGUGCUGGGGCAAGGAGAGUUUCUAAGGCCUCUGGGAUUUCCUGGCCCCCAUCCCUCAAGGUGGGGCAGAGGGUAUAAAGCCCUAAUCUCUGAGCCUGACUUGAGGCUGAGAGCAGCAGGGAGUUGGGGUUCUGGGGGGUUGGGGGCAGGGCAGCCAAGCUGCAGAGGGGAGGGGAACAGACUAAUGUAGUGAGUGUAGCUAGAACUGAGGCUUAACCAGGAGGGACACCAGGCUUGCUAGAACCACUGGGACCAGGAAGGGGGGAUCGCCCUGGGCCCCCGCCUGCACUUGUGUUGGGGAGUGUCUUGCUCCACCAGAAGCCCCCUGGGCUGCGUCCCACUUCCACCUUCCUGCCUCAUGGGGCGAUUUAACCUUUUUCAUGGAAAGUUAUUUACAAUAAAAAUUUUUUUAAAU